UCAGGAAUCUCAAGGCUCAAAGCUCCAAAAAUGAGUUCAAACGGAUCCGAUAGAGUUGAGGCUAUCUCAGGAAUGAAAUCUGGAAACAGUAAGAAAGCAAUCUUGAAGAGCGAGACGUAUAAUGCGAGGAUUGCUCGAGACAAUCUCACGAAAGAAGUUGCAUCAUUGAGAAAAACAAUGGGAGUUCAAUCAAACGACGAUGCAGAAAAGUUGAGCCUGAUCAAGAAGAUCAAUGAAAUGGAAAAAGAAUCAGAGAACUUGUUGACUCCAGGAGAUGAAACAAUUGAAGAACUCAUUGUUAACAUCAGUUGGCUAGAGACUGAACUGGAAGGACGAAAGGCUGAAUCAAUUCACAAAGAAACGAUUUGUCUGAGAGCAGAAAACAAGCAUAGGUUGCAACUCCAGGAAGUAGAAAAAGAGAUGAAGAAGAUGGAGAUGGAAAUCAAGUUCUAUCAAAAUGAAAAUUUCUCAUUGAGAAGAAUGAUGAUGGAAACAACACUUCCAGAGCAGCAGCCAGCAUUGAAAGAGUUGUUCAAAAUGACAUUGAAACUGGAUACUUUGGAGAACAAUUUCUACGAAUCAAGAAAAUCGAUUAAUACGAAACUGAUCAAUUACAUGGAGGAAUGCAAACUUCUGCAAGAAUUGAAAGAUGAGAUGCUCACCCAAAAAGGAUUUCUCCAUUCAAUCGCCAAAAAGAAACAAACUGAAGAUGACACCGUAAACGAUAUGCUUGGAAAAAUGAAGAUUUGAUUGCUGGAGCAGCAAGAAGGUGUACGGUGCAGGAGUUUCAAAAAUUAUAACAAUUCUUCAAACAAAAAACCUAACAAAAAAAAUUAAAAAAUCCAAAAACUCAAAAAAAUCUCUAUUGCUUCUCUUCCUUUUCCCUCAUUCAAAAUUUGAGUCUUGUAACUUUUUUGUAAACUCUCAAUUUCCAUCCACCAAUUUCUCGUUCCCUGCCAGCAACGUCCAUGAGUUAGAGUGGAGGUAUAUCAUGAAAUCUUUGAACCAAAGAGUUCAUCAUAAGCUCUACCAACGAAUAACUCGGAUGCCUGGUGACAGGAACGAUAAACCCAUGUGAAUGUGAGUCUUGAGCCUAACUUCUACUUUUUAAUUUUUCUCAUAAAUUUUAUCUUCUUAUCAAUGCAUUAAAUAUAUUUUUUCUUGUUUCUGUGUUUUAUCAAGUUGAAAUAAUGAAUCUUUUACUUU